AGUCGCUACGUGGAGUGCCCAAAGAAUAUGAAUGCGCCGUGAGCGUCACAGAAGCUAAGACAUGAAUUAAUGGGAUCACGUCUUAUCCAUCUGGAAACUCAUGCAUAUCGUCGAAGUUUUGAAUAACAAUCCAAAAGCAGCUUAAAAUAUAUUAAAGCAAAACCAAGAAUGAAUGUCAAACGAGUGACUUAUGGCAACAUUGCAUGUAAAAUGACAUCUUUCAAAUAUAUGUAUAAAUAAUAGCAUGUUAGAAUUUUUCGUCAUCGUUCAUUGGUAAUAUGCGAUUUUGAGAUUAGUGAAACGUUUUGUAUUAGAUCCAUUUCACAUUUGUAGUUUGUUGUGAAAUAGAUAGUUGUUAUGGAAGUAGAAUCAGAGUGUUGUGAUUCAACAGAGCAAAUGAAUAAGUCUGGUUCUACAGUAGGGAGUAGGGCCUCUCGUUCAUCAUCUGCUGAAUCAAAUCAAUCUGCUAGUAGUGAUGUGCGAUCCCGAUCAAACAGCCCACAAUUGAAUGGAACUGGAAGCACAUUAGACUCUUCUCGAAGAUCACGGUCUAGAAGUGAUUCUAGGCCUCAAAGUGCGGCUAGUUCUAAAUCUUCUAGUCCUGGCAGUAGAACCAGUUCAAGAUCUAGAUCACGUAGUUCACAGAGAUCAAGGGGAAGCAGUAAAGCCCACUCUAGAUCACCAUCAGGUGAUAGAAAAUCAAAAUCACCAGUUGCAUCUGAAAGAGCAACUUCAAAAGAAUCACUUAAAUCCAGAUCCAACUCUCCUAAAGAGAAUCCUAGAAAAGAAUCCAAAACUCGUUCCAGAUCUAAUUCAGGAUCAAGAAGAUCCAGAUCAAGAUCUAAUUCAGGAUCUAGAAAAUCUAGAUCAGGUUCUAGAAAACUAGAAUCUAGGUCACGAUCUGGUUCAGUUGAAUUAGAAAAUGAAGGAAAUAAACGGAAAUCAAGGUCACGUUCUAGAACCCCAAAAGAUAGAUCUGGGUCUGCCAAAGUAGCCUCAAGAUCUAGAUCACGUUCUGGAUCUGCCAAAGUAGCUUCAAGAUCUAGAUCAGGCUCAGGAUCAAGGAAGUCUAGGUCUCGUUCAGGUUCCAGAAAGUCAAGAUCACGUUCUGGGUCAGUUAAAGCUGCCUCUAGAUCUAGAUCACGUUCGGGCUCUAGAAAAUCUAGAUCCCAUUCAGGUUCCAGAAGAACGAGAUCGCGUUCUGGGUCAGCCCGAGCUGCAUCUAGAUCUAGAUCUCGUUCGGGUUCUAGAAAAUCUAGGUCUCAUUCAGGUUCGAGACGGUCGAGAUCACAUUCUGGAUCAGCCAAAGCUGCAUCAAGAUCCAGAUCGCGUUCAGGUUCAAGGAAAUCCAGAUUACGAUCAGGCUCAGUAUGUUCAAGAUCUGGAUCAAGAAAUACACGCUCCAGAUCAGGAUCUAGACGUUCAAGAUCUGGAUCUGCAAAAUCACGAUCAAGGUCGGGCUCUAGGAGGUCUAGGUCAGGUUCUCAAAGAUCUCGUUCUGGAUCAGCUAGAUCUAGAUCUGGAUCAAAACGAUCACAUUCAGGAUCAGCUAGAUCAAGAUCGGGUUCUGCUCGAUCAUCUCGUUCUCGACGAUCAAGAUCCCGUUCUGGAUCCAGAAGAUCUCGUUCUGGUUCUAGAUCUAGAUCAGGUUCACGAAGAUCGAGAUCGGGUUCAAGAAGAUCAAGAUCAGGCUCAAGAAGAUCAAGAUCAGGUUCCAGAAGAUCAAGAUCAGGCUCUAGAAGAUCUCGAUCUGGUUCUAGGAAAUCCAGAUCAGGAUCAAGAAGGUCAAGGUCUGGUUCGGCAAAAUCAAGGUCUGUUUCUCGCUCUAAAUCUAGAUCCCGCUCAAGAUCAGGCUCACCAGCUAAAUCCAGAUCCAGAUCGAGAUCUAGAUCUCAAUCUCCUAAAAAUGAAGGUAAAUCCAGUAGAAAACGUCCUGUUAUGUCUGAUUCAGAAGAUGAAGGACUUUCUCCUGCUAAGACUAAACGUUUAUUGCUUAGUGAUGAUGAGGAGGAACCUGAACCAGCACAAACACAACCAGAAGAAGGAACUGAAGGACAACCGCCUCCUCGAAUCGAAGAUUCAGAUUCAGAUGAUGGAAUCAAUCCAGGGCAUAAUGAAAUGUCAGGUUUAUCAGAUUUUGAUGCUAUGCUAGCAAGGAAAAAAGAAGAAGGUUCAAAGAGGCGCAGAAAAAAAGAUAUCAAUAUAAUAAAUGAUAAUGAUGAUAUAAUUGCUGGUCUUUUAGGAGAUAUGAGGCAGGCGGCAGAGGAAGAUCGGCGACUGAAUCAAAUGUCCAAACCAGCCACAAAGAAAACAUCAAUGUUAACCAAGGUUAUGUCACAAUUAAAGAAACACGAUUUACAAUUAGCCUUUAUAGAACAUAAUGUAUUGAAUGUUUUAACAGAUUGGUUAGCUCCUAUGCCAGAUAGAUCAUUACCAUCAUUACAACUUAGAGAAGCCAUAUUGAAACUUUUAGCAGAUUUUCCAAGAGUCGAUCAGGGCACUGUAAAACAUUCAGGUAUAGGAAAGGCUGUGAUGUAUUUGUAUAAACACCCGAAAGAGACUAAAGAAAAUCGUGAGAGAGCAGGAAGACUGAUCAGCGAAUGGGCCAGACCCAUCUUUAAUUUAUCGACAGAUUUCAAAGCUUUAAGUAGAGAAGAACGAUUACAAAGAGAUUAUGAACAAUUUGGAAGCAAAAGAAGAAAAACUGAUGAAGAAACUGCUCAAGAAAAGAAAGAAUUAACUAAAGCUUUGAAUGCAGAAGGAAAGCCACUUAGACCUGGAGAAAAAGGUUGGGUUGCUAGAGCUAGAGUUCCGGUUCCAUCUAAUAAAGAUUAUUUGGUUAGACCGAAAUGGCAAUCAGAAGUGGACAUAAGUCGAAGUACGAGAAAAACUAUGAAUAGAUUUGAAAAACAUUAUAAAAAUUUCAUCGAUACGAAGAGAUUGAAACAGACUAGGAGAGCCGUUGAAAUUUCAAUAGAAGGAAGAAAAAUGUCACUGUAGAUUUUAUAAUAUGUAAAUUGUUAAAGCUAGUACUUCUCAACAAAUUUUAGGUUAUCUUUUUAAUUAGAAAAACUGUAUUUCCCAAAACUGAUUACAUUCAUUGAGUUUUCUAAUCCAUAUUGAAUUGCAGUAUUUAUCAAAACACUUCGAUUUUUGUUUUAGGUGAGAACUUUUUACAUGGUAAACUGGUUUUCACAUGCUCAUCCUCGUAGCCCCAAAUUGGUUGAGAUUUAAUUAAAAUUAUCGGUCAAAAACUACUUACCAAAUAAUUUUUGAUAUUUAAUUUAUUGUGUAAGUCAAAAAAGCAUUCAAAAUACCUGUAGAAAUUAGGAGGAGUAACUGAAAUUGUCAUUUAAUUCAGUGUUUUUUCUUAACAAUAAAAAGCCUCGAUAAAAUCCACCAAAAUUACUAGAUCUAUAUUCUCUUUUCAAUUCUCCUAACAGAUAUACCUGCAUAAACAAUGACUGGUAUAUUGUGAACUGGGUGGAUUUUGACUUGCAUUUUAUCGAAUUUACAAAACGAAUACACUUAUGUGUGAUUAACGAAAGGAGAAUCAUGUAUAACAAUAUGAAGGUUACUUGACUGCUAAGAAGUUUUCAUACAGAAAUCGAGCUCUCCUGGUGAAUAAUGUGAUGUAUUCGGAUUUUUGAGUCAUAAGAGUGGUGGUAAGUUUCAAAAUGAACACAGCAUGUAUAAAUAUAAGACCUUUUUAUAUGUUUUUCGUGAUAAUUUGUUUUGAUCUAAAACCAUGACAAGUCAUCAUGAAAAAAAAUAUCGCUAGUUACAUUUACAAAAAUCUGGACUACUUUAAAAAUUAUAAUGUAAAAAGAUCAUGAUUUAGUUAAUUUAAUCGUUUGAGAUUAAUGUAAUCCAUUCAAAAAAUUGUGUUUUAAAAAAUGAAAUUUUGAAUGUAAAAGUUGUAAUUGACGCGGUCAGUAGGAUUCGUACGCUAUAUCGCGAUAAAAACUUGACCCGCAUCUUAAUACAUAGUGCGAAGACCUACGAUUUACGAGGGACAAGAAAUAGGACUCAGCCUUCAAUAUCUGUAAGUGUUAAGUUCAUUAUUUUCUUGUAUUUUUUUAACUAUCUAUUACUGGAGUAAGGAAGAGAUAAUUUAUUAAAUGCAUUUAAUAAUUUAAAUAUUAGAGAAAAUAACAAUUCAAAGACAUUUAUUAACAAAAUAGCUACGGCAAAUCUAAAAACUCUUAAUUGGGAUUUGUUUAAAUUGAAAUUAGAAAGUAUUAAGUUACAGUAAUGCUUUAAAUAAAUUUAUCAAUAUAUGCAAGAACUAAUUGAAACAUAUGCAAUCUGUAAUGGUCAUUGUAGGGAAUAGGAUGGAAUUGAAUACAUUGCCCAAAAUAGAAGAAGCAUUAAAACAAUGUUUUGUCCAUAGAUGAGACCUUGAUUGUAUUCUACAAGAACCGACGAUAACAAGACCGUUCCAAAAUGAAAAUUUAAAAGCAUUUGGAAAUUAUAAUUGUUAAAAAGUCAAACAAUAGGAAGAGUAAGAAAUGAUUUUAAUCUAAGUGAAAUAGAAAAAAAUUGUUGAAUAAACCUUUGCACUGAACACCUUUAUCACAGUAUGUUCAGGCACAAUAAGAAACAAUACGUAUUUGAAGAAACCUAGUUAUUUAGAAGAUGCAAGGGCAUACGUUGAUGAAUUUGAAAAUUUUGAAAAACUUUAUGAAAUCUAUAAAAUUGCAAUUGAGAUACAAAAGCCAUACGACAAUCCGGUUAUUUUCAAUAAUUAUAAUGAUGUGUAUCGUUAUUUUAAUAUUUUGGUCAAUUCAAAACAAGGUUUUCAAGAAAACAGAAUUUAACAAUUCGAAAUUAAAGAAGACAGUAUCUGAAAAAUAACUACAUUAUUUUUCAUUCUUAGUUAUGGAGGAGUUACAUCUAGAAAAAUCCAGACUACUUUAAAAAUUAAAAUGUAAAAGGAUUAUGUUUCAUAAAUACUAAAUCAGCAUUUAUUUCAAUAUAAAUAGGAAUUGUUGUAAAUACCAUUUUAAUGAAUUAUGUUUAAUCAAACGUUAAUGUAAUCCAUUCAAAUUGUAAAAUUGUGUUAAAGAAGUUUACGAAAAUUUUGAGAAUAAAAGUUAUAAUUCGCUUUCUAUAUUAUUAUUGCAUUGGUAUGAACUGUAAACUAGUAAUAAUUGAAGUACUGGCUACAUAACGAAAUUGUAACAGUUGUAUAUAGUUUUGUCAAAUUUCGUUUUAAAACUAAUUGUUCGAAUUUGAAUCAUUUUUUGCUUUAUACCUACUUGUAUUAUACUUUAUUAUAUCAAAUCUGCUGUAUAUUAUAAAGCAGAUAUUGUUUUAUACAACAUGAAUAAAUAAAGGGCAUGUUA